AUGGGUCAUUUCACCAAGGUCGAAGAUAGGCCUACCCCGAAGUGUGUCUACAAUUGGCGAGUCUAUGGCCUCGCUGCUAUGGCAGGAUCUGCUGCUAUCAUGAUCGGCUAUGACAGCGCCUUCAUUGGAACUACAAUUGCCCUUCCUUCGUUCAAGGCAGAGUUCAAAAUGACUCACCUGUCCUCCUCCGCAAUUAACCUUCUGAGCGCCAACAUUGUCUCCUGCUAUCAAGCCGGUGCAUUCUUUGGAGCUAUCUUCGCCUACCUUGCAGCAUUCUUCUUGGGCCGCACAUCGGGCCUGGCUGUCUUCUCUGCCAUUUUCACUCUUGGCGCAGGCCUUAUGUUGGGAGCAAAUGGUGAGAGGGGAUUGGGUCUCAUCUAUGCUGGUCGUGUCCUUGCCGGGCUCGGAGUUGGAGGAGCAAGCAACCUGGCUCCUAUCUACAUCGCAGAGAUCUCUCCACCUGCCAUUCGUGGACGACUUGUCUGCAUGUUCGAACUUGGAUGGCAAAUUGGUGGCUUGGUUGGCUUCUGGAUCAACUACGGAAUCUCUUUACACGUUCCAAAAAUGUGGAUCGUGCCCUUCGCAGUCCAACUCAUUCCAUCGGGCAUCUUGUUCAUUGGUAGCUUCUGGCUUCGCGAAUCGCCGAGAUGGCUGAUGUCCAAGGGGCGGAGAGAGCUUGCGGUGAAGAACCUGUGUUGGAUGCGAGAACUCCAUGAGGACGACAUCUACAUCAAAGAAGAGAUGUAUGCCAUUGAGACAGAUAUUGAGCGCCAAAUGGCAGGCGGCGGCAUGGGUUUCUGGCAACCAUUCAAACUUCUUGCUUCCAAUCGACACAUCCAAUGGCGAUUCUUCCUCGGGGGAUCUCUCUUCUUCUGGCAAAACGCUUCUGGAAUCAACGCCAUCAACUACUACUCCCCAACGGUUUUCAAGAGUAUUGGAAUUACUGGACUCAACACCUCACUCUUCACUACUGGUCUGUUCGGUGUUGUCAAGACCGUUUUCACUAUCAUCUAUCUCGUCUUCCUCAUUGAUCAGUACGGACGAAGGAGACUGUUGAUGAUCGGUGCGGCCGGUGGCAGUCUCUGCCUGUGGUAUGUGGGGGCGUACAUUGCAAUCGCCAAACCUGCGCUGCAUCCGACGCAGUCACUGCCACCCUCGGGGAUCUCGGCCGUCUUUUUCUUUUACCUUUGGACUGCAUUCUACUCCCCAACAUGGAACCCAACACCCUGGGUUUACAACUCAGAGAUGUUCGACCAAAACGUCCGCACACUAGCUCAAGCAUUCGCAGCCAUGAACAAUUGGUUCUGGAAUUUCAUGGUCAGCCGCUUCACGCCACAAAUGUUCGCUACCAUGGGCUACGGAGUGUACUUCUUCUUCGCCGCUCUGAUGAUCUGCUCCGUCGUCUUCGUGUACUUCCUCAUGCCUGAGACAAAGAACAUCCCAUUGGAAGGCAUCGAUCGUCUCUUCGACCGACGCCUGAAGGCGAGGGAGGCACACAGCAUCGUCUGGAAGGAAUUGGCCGAGGAGGAAGAGGCUCUACGCAUCGGGCUCACAUCUGGCAGCAUCGAGAAGGAUACAGCUACUGCGCAAAUCGAGAAUGUCGAGCAGAAGGUUUAA